AUGUCUGCAACGAUCUGCGUCCGUCCUCAAAAGCAAGCUGCAUACAACACCUCCAAGGGUGCUAUACAGAUGCUCGCUAAAUCCCUGGCAACGGAAUGGGGCCCACGGGGCCUCAGAGUCAACAGCCUGAGUCCAGGCUACAUGAAGACGGAUCUUAUCAAAGGGUUGCUCGAAAACGAAGGGAAAGAACUCGUGGGCAGUUGGGAGAAGGACAUUCCCAUGGGAAGGAUGGCUGAACCCCAUGAGCUGAGAGGCACAAUCGUUUGGAUGGCGAGUGGAGCGAGUAGUUAUUUGAACGGCAGUGAUGUGAUCGUGGAUGGCGGAUAUACUGCUUGGUGA